UCCCUCCCUGAGUUUGCAGAAGCCGAUAGGGUAGAUCUGCAGCCUGCCUGCCUGCCUGCUGUCUGUAAAAUGGGCAUGGUUCUGUCGAGUUCGCAAUAGAAUACCGUACAGGCUUGUUUGUGUGAAUGUGCAGUAUAGCGGAUCAUUUCAGACCGAUCUUAUUCGUGUUGGCUUUUACUAGUGUCAGGGUUUGUUCAUUUGGUCGCACUGUGCUUAACAACGCGUUACGAUAGAUACACUGAGCGAACCACACAGAGAAAGAAGUUACAUUACAAACAAAGAAUAUUCUUUUGGUACUAAACAGAAACAGGCAGACCUUCCCCAAUGGCAUCCCCUCUGGAAGAUGUCUUGGCUAAUGAAGCACUGCUAAAGGACUUGGUGUCGGUUGCUAAGGAUGCCGCUCUUAUACAGGGAGUCCUCAUGAGAACCAAAGAGGAGCCCAAUGCAUCAGAGGUAGUGAGCUAUGCUCCGUUCACGAUGUUCCCAUCUCCAGUACCUAGGCCUCUGUUUGAGCAGGCGAAGCAGGUACAGAGAGAUUUCAAUCUGCUGGUUGAUAGAAUCAGCCAGGACACAGAAUUCCUGGAGCAGGCCCUAGCCAGCACAAUCAAGGUAGAUGACUUCACAGCACAGCUCUUCAAAAUCUACAGACAAGUUCUUCAAGAAGGCCUUUCUCAGCCCAUAGUUUUAGGUAUGAACCGGUCAGACUACAUGUUGGACAAUGACAAGGAUGGCAGCACAUCACUGAAACAGGUUGAGAUCAACACCAUAGCGGCCAGCUUUGGGGGGCUAGCGUCUCGGACACCAACCGUUCACAGGCACAUAUUGAAAGUUGCUGGCAAAUCGGAUGAAGGUGUCAGAAUCCUGGACAAUAAUCCCGCAAAGGGUCUGGCUGAUGGCAUCGCGAAAGCCUGGGAGAUGUACGACUCCAAGAGUGCUGUUGUUAUGUUUCUGGUUGAAGAUUUCCAAAUGAAUAUAUAUGACCAUCGAUUUGUGGAAAAUGAGCUCUGGAGCAGGAAUAUCCAUGUCAUUCGUAGAACAUUUGAUGAGGUGUGUGAAAGAGGAUCAUUGGGUCUGGACAAGAGGCUUUUUAUAGACGGCCUCGAAGUUGCAGUAGUGUAUUAUCGGAACGGCUACAUGCCUCAAAACUACACAGAACAGAGAUGGGAGGCCCGGUUGCUGAUGGAGCGCUCCAGGGCAGUGAAGUGUCCCGAUAUCAGCACCCAUCUAGCAGGGACAAAGAAGGUCCAGCAGGAGCUGGCUCGGCCCGGGGUUCUGGAGAGAUUCUUUCCUGAUGACCAGGAAGCUGUUGUCCGGAUCAGAGCCACCUUUACCGGACUCUAUACACUAGACAUGUGUCUUGCUGAACACCAGGGUGAAGAGGGUGAUCGGACAGUUGCUAUGGCCAUUGCUGACCCAGACCAGUUUGUUUUGAAGCCGCAGAGAGAAGGAGGAGGAAACAAUAUCUAUGGUGAAGAUAUGUGCAAGGUACUGCAUAACGUGAAAGAGAGCUCGGAGAGGACUGCCUACAUCCUGAUGGACAAAAUCAGACCCCAGCCAGUGAAGAACGUCCUGCUGAGGAGGGGGGCUCCCCUGACUCUGUCCACCUGCCUCUGUGAGCUGGGCAUGUAUGGAGUCUACGUCAGGCAGGGUAAGGAGAUGGUUCUGAAUGAUUGUGUAGGACACCUGCUGAGGACCAAGAGCACCGAACAUGACGAUGGGGGCGUGGCAGCUGGAGUGGCAGUCCUGGAUAACCCUCUCCUCUGCUGAACUUACUGUGCCUUAGACCUGAUGGGGACCUUCCAGACUUGAGCAAUGUUAUUGAAGGGGACCAGCAACUACAGUUCACUGACUCAGCAAACUCCUUUCUUGUCUUUAGUACUGAUUCCAGUGGUAUCGUAGUUAUUUCAAAUCAUAGAAGGCUUUUUAUUUGUUAGAAACAAGACACUUUUUCAUCAAAAUGAUCUCAAAACCGUAUUAGUGGUUAUAGCCAUGUAUAGGCAUUACAGCACUACAGGAAAGCACAGAUAACAAAGUGUUUGGUGUUCGUUGGACUACAGUACGUGCAGUCAUUGCCACAGUAAUUUGUUCUUGUCAUGGGGCAGCAGUGUGGAGUAGUGGUUAGGGCCCUGGACUCUUGACUGGAGGGUUGUGGGUUCAAUCCCAGGUGGGGGACACUGCUGCUGUACCCUUGAGCAAGGUGCUUUACCUAGAUUGCUCCAGUAAAAACCCAACCGUAUGAAUGGGUAAUUGUAUGUAAAAAAAUAAUGUGAUAUCUUGUAACAAUUGUAAGCCGCCCUGGAUAAGGGCGUCUGCUAAGAAAUAAAUAAUAAUAAUAAAAUUGUUUUAAACAUUGCCACGAUAGUAACAAUGAGGAGUCUCCCAGUCUAAUGACUAAAAUGGAUUUAACUAGGGCUGUGUUUUGUAUUUUUAAACUGUUUUCCAAUCAUUUUGGCAUUCCAUAGUGGUUGAAUUGUUUUAAUAUGCCACUUUCUUGUAUGCACUGAAUAAAACCAGUAGAAGCAA